AUGGCAAAAAUGGUGAGAUUCUGUGAUUUGCCAAAGGAAAUAAUUGAGAAUAUCAUGUUGUGGGUGCCUGCCAAUUCUCUAGUACAAUCUAAAGUUGUGAACAAGUUUUGGUAUUCUCUUAUUUCGGGUUUGAUUAACGACCCGAAAUUUGUUUCCAACCACCUCCUCAUUACCAAAAACCAAUCCUCUACAUCCUUACUCUUCAAAUGGCUUUCCCACCAUGUCGAUCAUAGCUUGAUCGCAUACAAAUUGUUGACUGUAAACUAUGAUGAUCGUGGUGAGGACGAUCCUCUUAUGUCUGUCAUGGAACCUCUAAGUAUACAUUUGUCAGAACCUAUUGGUGAUGAAAGCUUUUGGUAUAGUGGUUAUCACUGUGAUGGGCUAAUUGUUUUAGUAAAUGAUGUUGGAACAAUGGCGUUAUGUAAUCCUGCUUUGAAAGAAUUCAUGUUUCUCCCACAACCAGGGAACUUUAUAAUUGAAGGGUCUCCUAGAUUUCCUAAUGGUGUUGUGGGAUUUGGAUUUGAUUCUUUAAAUAAUGAUUACAAAUGUGUUGCCAUUUGA